AUGGCCGGAGAACAACAUAGCGAUCACAGCCGUCCCCUCGACAACUACAAUAUGGACGACGGCCCGCCAUCCCAUGAAACGGGCGCUCGGGACGGUCAUCCAUCCACCCCGUCUCCAGAGCCCCAAAACAACGGGGAUGCCUCUCACGCCCACAAUUUAGGGGCAGAGACAUUUCAUCCCAUUCCCGUUCCCGUUGAAGGAGACGCCGUAAUGAUUGCCAUGGUGAAUGCCCUCAAUCAGGCCGGUUCUAUGCUCCACCAGCAGCACGAACGAAUCGUGGCCCUCGAAGCCGAACGACAAGAAGCCCGGCCCCAGCCGGUGAGUAGGAUACAACAACGUUCGGAGCCAACGAAGAAGCGAGGACGUCGUUCUCCAGAACCCCACGUCGGCAGGGCACGCGCCCGUCGUGACGGUGGUCGAGCGGGAACAUCACCAAGGCGCGGACACAGCCCCGACAACAACGAACUGUCUCCCUUAAGGAGCGACGAGGAAGAUUUGCAUUGCCCCCUAUCUCGGGCAAUAAUGGAAGCCCCGCUCCCCAAAGGCAUGGAGAAACCACCAAAUCUAGCUGUGUACGACGGGACUACAGAUCCCGACGAUCACGUCGACAACGUCAACGCGAUGCUCGACUACCGCAAUGAUAUAACCGGGCACCUCAAAUGCCGACUGUUCUCAACGACCCUCAGGAAAGGGGCCAUGGCUUGGUACAAAAGCUUGGCCCCUGAGUCCAUUACGUCAUGGAGAGUCAUGAGGUCCAUGUUCACCAGGCACUUUACAGCUUCCCGUCGUCACCCCAAGACUGAGGCGACCCUGGAAGCCAUAGUGCAGAAGAAGAAUGAAACACUGCGCUCAUACAUCGAGCGAUUCAACCAGGAAGCUGUCGAGGUAGAUACCACCGAGCACAUGAAGAAGUAUCUCCUCGAGAGAGGUCUCUUGCCCGACAGUGAACUUAGCAGAGCCGUAGGGAUCGAGCCUCCCCGCACCUUAAACGAGCUCCUGCAUAAAGCCCAGGCCUACAUCAGAUACGAGGAAAAGCAGGUGGCACACAAUGCCCGCAGCGGACGUAACGCUGGGGAAACCGAGCACUCAAAACGCGAGGACACGAGCAUUUCCCGUCGCAACGGAGACAAACGAAGAGAAGAAAGACCUCGCGAGCUCCGGGAAGGAAGAGGCCCCGCGGGCAGAUAUAGCGAGUACACCUUACUGACAGCUCCUCGGGAGCGCAUCCUCGCAGAAUGUAUCAACUCUGAAUUUAAGCAGGGCAGGGUCAGGUUCCCAAAACCGUCUGCACCAAAGCCCCACACCCCAAAACCGUCUGCACCAAAGCCCCACACCGACAAAUCAAAGUACUGCCGGUUCCACAGAAGUCACGGGCACGUGACCGAAGACUGCGUCCACCUGAAGGAUGCGAUAGAAAUUUUAAUCCAAGAGGGGCACCUGAAGCAGUAUACGAGGAAGAACGAAGCCCCCAGACGCGACGAGCCAGAGAAGAAGAGACCCCGGGAAGACACACCCCCUGACAACUCUCCCUAUCAAGUGGCCCUCUGCGUGUCACGACCGGAAGAUUUCUUCCUCCCCGAACCAUUGCCCGAGGGCAAGAUCACUGCACUCAGCCCCUGGGAAAACUUCCCUGCCACACUGGUGAUAUCAGGAGGAGGAACCAACGGGGAAUCCGCGGCCCUCUCCGUCAAACGUAAGUUCGACGAACUCCUACUGACUGCCCCCGAGCAGAAAGCGACAUUGACAAAAUACCGGGGAAAAUCCAACCCAAUAUCCUUCUUCCUGGAGGAACUCCCGGGCGGAUCCCCGAACUCGGGCAUCCCACUAUUGAUAAGGGCAAAGAUGGCCCAAUUCGACGUACGACGCAUCCUGGUCGACCAAGGCAGCUCAGUGGAUAUCAUGUACGUCCACCUCUUCAAGACUCUGAAGCUAGACAAGACCAACUUAGCCCCCUACGUCGGAUCAGAUCUCCAAGGAUUCAACGGAGCAACAACCAGACCGUGGGGAUAUGUUGAGCUCCUCGUCACCUUCGGCGAACAAGAAACGGCCAGGGAAGUCAAAAUCCAAUUCCUGGUCGUAGACUGUCCGUCUCUCUACAAUUGCAUCUUUGGACGCCCGACACUGGCCGAACUCACCGCGGUCCCAUCCACCGUCCACCUGAAGAUGAAAUACUACACCAAAUUGGGACGUGUGGUCACCAUCCAUGGUGACAUCGAAGCAGCCCGGCGAUGCUACGACGCCGCAGUAAAAGGACAGGCCGUAGUCAGCACGAAGAGCAACUGCGACAACAAAAAACUCAAGACCGAGGAUCCUGCCCGAGGAGUCAACGCCAUCGACCUCGACUGUCGCAUCGGGCUGGACGAGACCGAAGAGGGGAGGUUCCCCAAGGAACGCUCUCUCGAACACCCGGUCCGACCAAUCCCCGACGGGGAGUUCGAACUCAUUCCUCUUGGGGACGAUCCGGAAAGGACGGUGAAGAUAGGUAAGGGACUACCCGAGGAAACAAGAGAAGAGCUAGUAGCAUGCCUCAAAGAGAACUCCGACCUCUUCGCGUGGAAUGCCGCAGAAAUGCCCGGGCUGGACCCCGAGAUCGCGUGUCAUAAGCUAGCUUUAGACCGGGCAGCCAAGCCCAUAGCACAGCGUAGACGCAAGCAAUCGCCCGAAAAGGCAGAGGCUGCCGAGCGGGCUGUAAAAGACCUCUUAGAGGCAAAUUUUAUUUCUGAAGCCCAGUACACAACCUGGCUCUCUAAUGUAGUCCUCGUUAAGAAAAAUAAUGGAAAAUGGCGUAUGUGUGUUGAUUAUACUGAUCUUAAUAGGGCUUGCCCGAAAGAUGCUUUCCCCCUCCCUAAUAUAGACUUGCUCGUUGACAACUCUGCAGGUUUUAAACUCUUGUCCUUCAUGGACGCAUAUAGUGGAUACAACCAGAUCCCUAUGUCGCCCGCAGACAAGAAACACACAGCGUUCAUGACCCCAACGGGCAAUUACUAUUACAACGUGAUGCCGUUCGGGCUCAAGAACGCUGGCGCUACCUACCAACGCAUGAUGAACAAAGUCUUCAAGGACGAAAUAGGGGACAUGCUCGAAGUGUACAUGGACGACAUGAUCGUCAAAUCACACGAGGAGAUAACCCAUGCUCGACACCUUGCGAAGGUAUUCGAGCAGGCGAGACAGUGUAAAAUGAGGUUCAACCCCGAAAAAUGCACGUUCGGAGUCCGGGCAGGCAAGUUCCUCGGUUUCUAUCUCACCGAAAGAGGGAUCGAGGCCAACCCCGACAAAUGCCGGGCAUUCUCGGAAUUUCCGACCCCGAAAACCAAAAAAUCGAUCCAGUCACUCAAUGGAGUGCUCGCCUCACUCUCCCGUUUCAUCGCCAAGUCCGCCCAGCACGCAUUGCCAUUCUUCAGACUCCUUCGCAAAGAGGCUACCUUCGACUGGACCGAUGAAUGCGAGCAAGCGCUACUCCAUCUAAAGAAGGUUCUGUCCCAACCCCCGGUCUUAUCACGGCCAUCAGAAAAGGAAACCCUAUACUUAUACCUAUCCGUGGCAACCGAGGCCGUCAGCGCCGUUCUAAUAAGAGAAACCGACGAAGGACAAAAGCCCAUCUAUUUUACGAGUAAAGCACUCCAAGGUCCCGAGCUCCGAUAUCAGUAA